UAGAGCGCGGGAGGUUCUGAAGCGGAGAGAGAGAGAGAGAGAGAGAUAGAUAGAUAGAUAGAUAGAUAUGAGGCAGCCUCGCUGUGCCGGAGUGAUGAUUAUCCGGUGACACUGCGACCCUUUUUGAAGCUUCAUUCGUCUGUGUAUCUCCGUUAGACGCUCGUGCGUAAAGCCUUUGGAGCCGCGAUGGAUUAUAAUCCUCUCAUGGCGCCUCCGGUUCCGCCGCAUAACCCGAAGUGCAGCCGGCCGUCGGGCUCGCAGGAGCGGCUGCUGAAGUGCGUCCUGCUCGGGGACGGAGCUGUGGGGAAGACCAGCCUGGUGGUCAGCUACACGACUAACGGCUACCCCACCAAAUACGUCCCGACAGCCUUCGACAAUUUCUCCGCAGUAGUACAGGUUGAUGGACAACCGUUGCGACUGCAGCUUUGCGACACUGCUGGACAGGCUUGGAAGAAGAAAUGCUCAACCACCAGUUUUGCCUCCAGGCGUAGUUCCUCAUGCCAGGAUGAGUUUGAUAAGCUGAGGCACUUCUGCUACUCGCGCACAGAUGUCCUGCUCCUCUGCUUCAGUGUGGUUAGUCCUGCUUCCUUCCAGAACGUGGGUGAGAAAUGGGUGCCUGAGAUCCGGCGGCGGUGUCCACUCACCCCCGUGCUGCUGGUGGGCACACAGUGUGACCUGCGCCAGGAUGUCAAGGUGCUGAUCGAGCUCGCAAGGCGGCGUGAACGACCCGUACCUGAGCAGGAUGCCCGCGCCCUUGCUGACAAGAUCGGCGCCGUUACAUACGUAGAGUGCUCAGCUCUCACACAGAAAAAUCUGAAAGAAGUGUUCGACGCUGCCAUCUCCGCCGGCCUGCGCCAGUCUGACAGACGCGCCAGGCGGGAGCGCAAGGUUCUCAGCACAGCUGAUAAGAUGAAAAUGCUUUCCAAGGCCUGGUGGAAGAAAUAUGUGUGUAUCCAAUAGCACGAGCGCAGUCUCUUCGACACACAAGGACAAAGUGACAAAGACUCUUGACUCAUUCAGUGCCUCAAACAGAUGGACCGAUCAGGAGCUCUGACAGGGGUGUGUGUGUGAGAGAGAGACAAGCAGUGUGUAAUCAGCAAGAUAGUUUCACUGAAGUGAGAGCUGAAGCAUUACAUCAGUCUUAGCUAUUAAGUCUUUGCUAUAAACUGUUUUAUUAGUUAGCUAUCUCAGCUACUCUGAACUCAAGCCUUUUUUUUUUUUUCCAAGAAUCAGUUCACUGGGAGCUUCAGAGUGCUAAUCUCUUAAAAUAGAAACAUGCAUAUGCUUCACUUUUUGUCAGACAUUACUGUUGAAAAGUUUGGAAUCACUUGGAAUCAACUAAAUUUUAUUCAACGUUCAUUACUUUGUGCUAAAAUGUUAACUUUAGAUCUAAAUAGUGUAGACCAGACAGUACUGCAGUAUUUUGAUUGAAAAUAAUUAAUAAAUGAUGCAUAAUUACAGUAGCUAAGGAUGUCGUUGCAAAAUGAUUUGCAAAAAGAUAUCAUAUCACGAUAUUUUAAUACGUUACAAAUUAUUCUAUCUACAUUCACUGGAUAUGAGCAAUCGCGUGCACUGAUUGGCUACUCUACUAGGAUAUCAGCUCCUAUACCGUGAGUAGAGAAAAACAAAAUGGCGGCGUGUGUUGCUGAACCAACCGAGGACGACAUAAAAACUACUUGAAAACAAAACCCCAAAAAAUACAAAAAAAACCCCAACAAAAUAUGGAAUGAAAGUAUUUGAUGGUAAGAACGUAUCUUUUUAUUUUUUGAGAAUUAUAAUUAUCGUAUUUUUCACAACUUGCUACUGAUUUGUUUACAUUCUAAGCAGAAAUUAUUUUGUCGGACGUUUUGUAUAAAGUUUUUAUUUAUCGAAUUUGCGAAAAAUAAAAAUGCUCUGUUUCUCAAAAUCCAGUGAAUGUGGAUAGAAUAUUCCACUCAAUCUCGUCGUACAUGGCUUAUAACCGACUCGGCGCUACGUGCCUCGUCGGCUGUCAUCUCACGUACGACUCGAUUUCGUGGAAUAACUGUUAAAUGUAUCACAAUGUUUCGAGUUGCUAACAAAGUGGCAGCCAAAUCAGUAAGAGGGUUCCAAUGGUGGUUUUAUUAAACGAGUUAUUUAACAAAGACAAGGAAACCUGUGAUACAGAAAUAGGUUUUCACAUCCAGGUUGUUACAAUGAACAAUAACAGAGCAUGACGAUGAUAUAAAAUCACCAUGGUGUAUGUAAAGUUCUCAGGAAAGUGUAUUAUGAUGCUUUUUCUUACAAUAUCGAUAUCCUAUUAUAUCACCGUCCACUAAUGUUUAGCAAAGUGUCCAGAUUAGAUCAUUGCCUUCCAAAUCUGAGGAUUUUGACACAUUCAUGUUUCUGGAUACGAAUUUUAUUAUAACACGAGUCUAAAUGAUUUACAAUUCUAGACAUAUUUUUUUCUAUAACCGAUUUAUUACCUACGAAGUUCCAUAGUGCUAACAUCAUACAGUCUAAUCAUUUUAUACUUGUAGCUGUGGUGAUUUCAAACUUUUGAAUGGUCGUGUUUAGUUUGUCAUGUGCACAAGAUUAUAUUUGUCUGUUUAAUGAGUGUAUGAAUUUUCUUUUAAUUGUCUUGUUUUGAAAUGGCAGUCACUUGCUCUUCAACACUGGAUCUCAGAGCCGUUCACGUUCUGGUUAUUAUUUUUUCCUCUAUCACACUAUGGAAUGCUCCUAAACUUCUUUAAUGCCCAUCUUUGAGCUCGUCUUUGGCACGAUGAUGUCAUCUUUACUGACUCGACAGCGGUUACUGUUGAUGGCCACCCAUUCAGGACUUCUGGGAGUGUUGCGUGUCUAUCAUAUGGCAAAACAUUGUAGUGUAAAGGAUGUCAACUCAUCAGCGUAUUUGAUGGCAGCAUAAGUUAAAGCAUGAUGUGAAUUUUUUGAGAACUAAAGCUUUCGGUUCCUUUCUGAUGUCAAAGAAAGCCUAUCAGGUGUUUUAUUGCCUUUCAUAAUAAUCAUUGCAAGUAUGUUCAUUAAAUCUUUGAUCGUUGUAGCAGAUUUAUUUGAGCGACACAGGACUGUAUGUGUGUGUGCGCGAAUGUGGUGGUUCUGUCACCUCAGUUUUAUGGUCGUGGUGUGUAUGUAGUGCUGUUGGGUGUUUUAUUGGUUAACACACUGGCUUUAACAUUUGUCAUUGUGGUACAAUAGGCUUUAAUUCACACUGUGGUCGUGUGACAUGUGACGAGCCUGAAUAUGCAGUUCCCUGGUUGCAUUUUCUCACUUUGGACGAAAUGUAAUUGUGUUGGUUAGCCGAUGAAUGGGACAUAUUUGCUUCUCAUUAUUCAGAAGCCAUUUUCUCUCUUUCAAAAGUUUGAAGACCUUUGGAGUUUAGCUGUAAACUGUACAGGAAAGAUUGAUCAUUAUCGAACAGAUAAAAUCACACUGUGCUUAAUGUGUACAAAGCAUGUUUCAGUGCCAUAACGUUAUCAGGUACAUCCAUAUAGAUUUAUGCAUUUUUAUAACUAUGUAAUUAUCUUUCUGUUCCUGUACGAUCAUGCCCGGUGGUAAACAUCUCAGUUAUGGAUUGUCAAAUAAACUUGCUUCUUUGAACUAAAA